AUGGAUGUGAAAAGUCGUGAAGAUGCGUUUGUUCUCGAUGUGAAUACGCCUGUUUGGGAUCUAUUACCGAAAAAAUCAAAAUUCGUGUUCGGACCGAAUAACAAACAGCAUGCGGACAAACGUAGUUUUCAAUACAAACCGAAACAGCUUGAGGGAACGUUACUUAGUCCUGAGAAACAAAUGUAUCGUGAAGAACUUCAAUUUCAUAUGCGUUCGUAUAGUUUUCUGGGAAAAGAAAACCCUAAACUGUACGAUGUUCCAUUACGAUCAAAACAUCGAUCCAGUUCGUUAAAUGUACCUAAGCGUCAAAUUCGGUCACGAUCGGUGUUGAAGCUUUCACGAGAUCAUUUAAUUGACAGCACGGUGGACAUAUUCGCAUCGAUGGUCACAUCACGACGCUGCUUUCAUGAAGCGAAUCAAUUGGCACGAACUGCCAGUCCGACUUCACGACAAAUCGACUAG